AUUUUGCAAUAUAAAAUCCCUCUUAUAUGCACUUCAAAUUCAAUUCAACCAAAACAAAAACACCAAUGGCAUUGCAAUUGCAUAAUCUUAUUGAUAUUUCAAUGAGUUACCAUAAAUUCUUCAAAAUAAUUUUUUCCAUUCUAUUCAUAUCAACCCUUCUUCAAUCUACAACAUCUACAUCCAACCUCACCACAAAUUCAAAUUCCACUUCAACAUACAAAAAAUUCUUAAAGAAUCAAUGCAAUUCAACCACAUACCCAAAUGUAUGCUACAAGUCACUUUCCCCAUACACAUCCAAAAUCAAAACAAACUUUUUCACACUAACCAAAAUAUCCAUCUAUCUAGCUCUAAAAUCAUCAAGAAGUGCAUCAAUGAUGUUGAAAAAAUUAAGUUCCAAGAAACUAACACAUGACGAAACACUGGUCAUCGCCGAUUGCAUAGAAAACAUCGACGACACCGUUGAUGUACUCACGCAAUCAGCAGACGGGCUAGUGCAUUUGAAUGGUACCACAAGUAGUGAUGAAAAGUUUCAAUGGGAUACCAUAAAGACAUGGAUGAGUUCAGCUAUAACAGAUGAAGGAACAUGUACGGAUGAGUUGGAUGAAAUGGAAGUGAGGUCCUCAAUUCAAAAGAAGAUCAAAACAAGUGUUGGUAAAACUGUUUUCUUGACUAGCAAUUCUCUGGCUUUUGUAAAUAGUCUUUCCUAUUAAAGAAAAUCAUUCUCAUAAAUGUUUCUAGAGAAAGAAACAAAUUACACACCAAAAGUUAUGGUAAUAGUUACAUUCAUUCAAUAAUAUCAUAUCGGAUAAAUUUCUUUUAAAAUUAGGUGUUCGACUGUCAUAUAGAUCAUAUCUAUAAAUUUUGACAUUAAUUUAUAAGAAUUUUCUACGUGAACAAGAUGCGUCAGAUUAACGAUAACAAUGUAAUUGUAUACAACGUUAAUUUUGACACAUUGUUAUGACAUAAGAAUUGAUCAUAGAUUAAUUUUAAAAUUUAUAGAUAUGAUACGUAUGAUAGUAACUUUUAAUCCAAAAAAUAUUUAUCCAGUGUAUUAUUUUUGAAUGAGUGUAAUUGUUAGUGUAAGUUUUUUUAUUUUGAUAUCUCCUCAUGUUUCUAUACAUAUAACAUUUGGGGAUCUAGUUUUUAAUUUUUUUUUAGGGAGUUUAUACUUUUCAUGUAUUACUAAGGUUAAUGUAAGUGGAUUUUACAAUGUGAUUCUUAUUCUUAUUCUUAUGCUUAUGUAUUCUUAUCA